AUGACUUUUAAUUGUCUAGCGAUUAUUUUGACUUUAAUUCGCUUAACAUGUGCAAGCUAUCCCGAUUACGACAUAUCUCAGUAUUUAAUGAAAGAUAAAUCAGAUUUGGAAUUGCUCACAAGGGACGAUGAAUGUAAUGUUUUAUUGGUGGAAAGUAUUCCGGAAAAUAUGACAUAUUCAACAAUUUUUCCUAAGCACCUAUCAACCUAUUUGGCAUGGAAAUUUUUAAUUAAUUCUGCCGAGAAAAAUAUUUCAAUUGCAUCAUUUUACUGGAGUUUAACCGUAGAUAAGAAAUUCAAUUUUACUGCUACUGAACAGGGAUCAGAUAUACUAAAGCUGUUAAUUGAUCGAGGAAGAGAAAUCGACCUAAAAAUAGCUCAAAAUGGAAACGAAACAAAUUCUACAGAUUUGUUGAACUUGACACAAUCUGGUGCUCAGAUCAAAUGGCUUGAUUUUCAUCGACUCGUUGGAAAAGGAGUUUUGCAUACAAAGUUAUGGUCAGCUGAUGCCAAAAAUGGUUAUUUGGGUAGCGCAAAUAUGGACUGGAGAUCAUUAACACAGGUCAAAGAGCUAGGUGUUUUUAUAUACAACUGUCCAAAUAUAAUGAACGACUUGGAAAAAAUAUGGAAAGUUUAUUGGAAUAUAGGCAAUCCGAAUGGUUCCAUUCCUAAAACAUGGCCAGAAGAGUUUCAGACAAACUACAACAGAAGUAAUCCACUUAUUACGAACAUAAAUGGUAUUCAGUCGCGUGUAUAUUUUUCAAGUUCUCCUUCCUUGUUCAACCCGCCUGGACGAAAUGAUGACAUAGAUGCUCUACUUUCCGUUAUAAAUACUGCAGAAAAAUUUAUUUAUAUAUCGGUUAUGAAUUUCCUGCCUGAAGUGACAAGUUAUGAUAUCCAUAUACGUUCACAAUUUUGGCCGGUUAUCGAUGAUGCUUUGCGUAGAGCUGCAAUUGACCGUUCUGUUGAAGUACGCUUAUUAAUCAGUAAAUGGAAGCAUACUUCGUUGGCUACUGAGCACUAUUUGAAUUCUUUAAGAGCAUUGAAUGGGAUUCAAUCCGCCCAAAUCCGGGUUCGUUACUUUAUUGUACCCUCAUAUACUGAAUCACAAAAAAGGAUACCAUAUGCUCGUGUGAACCAUAAUAAAUAUAUGGUGACUGAUAAAACAGCCUAUAUAGGUACUUCUAAUUGGUCUGGUGAUUACUUUCUUUAUACUGGUGGGGUCGCCUUCGUCUAUGAAGAAUAUAAUCAUACUUCAAAUGAUAUGAAUGACGAAAAUAUGAAUAAAAGUGAAUUUUGUUUACCAAAACCAUUAUCUAUAAGAAAACAACUGGAAAACAUUUUCCGUCGAGAUUGGAACUCAGAAUACGCCUAUGAACUUUAA